AUGCAUUUCUGGAUUAAUAAACCGGCGGGCAGGUAUUACGGUUUCACUGACCGCCGAUACCCCGCCACACCUUUACCAAAGACACGUUUGAAUCGAUGUCAAUACAAUGCAGAUUUAAGGCAAAUGGUUACACCACUUCGAUUCCAAACUCUGAAUGCUAUGGAAAAUGCAGCUGGUCCUAGUAAUGUGAAUAAUUGCAGAGUGAUACAAACAACGAUAAGAACUAACAAUGAAACUCAAAAUAGUUUUCCAGUUGGCUCUACUCAACACCCCCAGCUAAACAACAUCUCCAAUAAUGUAACAACUGCAGGGAAUAAUCAACUGAUAUUGUCAAAUAGUACGUCAAAUAGAACAAAUAGGAGUCUUUUGGAUUUUCCGGAAAUUAAUGAUGCAGAACGAACAAGUUGUAGAGUACGGGCUGUUCUUUCCAUAUUUAUGGUUACAACAGCUUUUGUUACUGCUGCUAUAAAAUUUUACUUUGGUGAUGGAUUUCUAGACAAAGAAAUAUUCGUAUUUUGGGGUCUAUUGAUACUACUAUUAAAUGCAUGUUUAUAUCCUAUUUUGUGUUGCCGAAAUCAGCGCAACAAUCAUCAAGAGCAUCAAAUUCAAGAGGAGCACAUCGCGUCUAUAACUGCUGCAAAUACAAUGCCAAAUGAAAAUAUUAGACCUAUUUCUGUAGUAAGCCACAAUCCACCACCACCUUAUCAUAUUGCUAUUUUGAUUCCACCACAUAAUUCAUCAGAUGAAGCUCCACCACCAUCUUAUGACAAGGUCAUGCGAUGA